UUCUGUUUUUUCAACAUCCUGAUAAGAAAAGUUCUUGAAGUAUGGCAGCUGCAACGACCCCGGUUGGCCAAGAUCAACCGACCAAAACUGCUCCUAUCGUGUUUGAUGUAUCCCAGCCUCCGGUCAUUGAGGGAUUUAACCCGCUGCCGAGGGCAAGGGAAGAAAGCUUUAAAGACAAAUUUACCAGAAAGACAAAGGAGAAUCCAUUCGUCCCAAUAGGUUGCUUAGGAACAGCAGGAGCAUUGAUCUACGGCCUCAGUGCCUUCAGACGUGGCAAGACUCGGCAGUCCCAGCUGCUGAUGAGAGCCCGUAUCUUCGCUCAAGGCUUCACCGUCGUUGCCAUCAUAGUGGGUGUGGCUGCCACAGCACUGAAGCCCAAGCAGUAGAAAGAAACGACCAAAGGAAACAUCAGACCACGUUUAAUAACACUGACAAAUGCCUUAUGUAGUCGAUGGGUGAAAUGUAAUGUCAGCGAGGAAUUAACUAAAUCUUUGCAAUGGUAUUUGGUAUCAUUGUUUUCUUUAAAGAGAAAGGCGUGGUGCAAAAACAAAUAAUCAUCCAACAGGUUGAUUUUGUCUGCUACUACACAGAUUUAUACCCAAUAUAUAAUUUAUAGUGUCCUGUCUCGGUGCAAGACUUAAGUUAGCUGUAGUCACUUUUUGUAGUUAUUAUUUGGUAUGUCAGGCAAAGUGGUUAAUUUUUCCUUGCUGAUGUGUGAACAUUGUUUUAAAUGUUACGUUGUGUCUUAUCUCAAUUGUUGUUUAUGUACAUUUAUGAGCACUGUUUAGGAUCCAGUGUAAUUGUUGAAAAUCCUUAAUGUUAAAAUAUUAAAAGUGUCCAAUUGUAAAAAAUCUUUUAGUAUUUGUUUGCAAGAUGUCAUAGUAAACGUUAAAGGAAUUCAAAAGGUUUUUAUUGAAUUAUCAGU